UUUGGGACACACUCGCCACCGAACACUGAAGCCAGCGGAAGCUCUGCCCGUUUGACUAGCCAAAAUAAUUAAUCAUUUUAACUCUGAUAGUUGAUUAAGUUAAUUCAUACGAUCAGAAAUAUAUUUUUGGAAAUUGUAACUACCCUUGUUUAAAAGGACAAAUUAGCACUUUGUUUUCGGUGUUUCGUAUAAUAUACGUAAGUAAGACGUGAUGUGACGGUGUGAUCAAGUUUUAUGAUGUCAACUUUGGUGAUACCAAAAUGUCUGAGCGGGAACCUAUCAGUGGUUCAAGUCGGGAUUAUGGGUCAACCGCUGCACCCCCUACAGUGGGUUUUGCAGACUUCAGUCCCACGGAACUAUAUAACUUGAGUGAGGGUAUCGCUGACAAUAUUAAUGCUAUUAAUAGUGGUCUGAGAUCAUUGGAGAAGAUGAUGAAGCAAAUUGGAGGUCCUAACGAUAGUGUCCAGUUAAGAGAUAAGAUUCAUGAUGCACAACAGAAUGUAAAUGGAUCGGUAUCAGCAACUGCUAGAGAUAUACAACGGCUAGGUGUUAUCGUACGAAGAGGGGAUAAGCCACAGAAGUUGCAAGUCGAGAGACUCACGCAAGCAUUCAGAGAUGCAUUGGAAAAGUAUUCAACAGUGCAAAAGCAAGUGUCGGAGAAGAUGGCGGCGUUUAUGCCGUCGAAGCCUCGCGUGAGGAACGAUCCACGUUUUUUGGAGCAGCAGGCAGCAGCUGAUGAUGAAGAGGCCGCGCUACUGGCGAAUCAGCAGGCACAGGCUCGUUUAGUACAGUUCGAGACGAGCAUGUUGCUGGAGCGAGAGGCGCAGCUCAGCAAGAUCGAGGCUGAUGUACUUGACGUCAACCAGAUCAUGCAGGACCUGGCUGAGAUGGUCAGUGCGCAAGCUCAGACUGUUGACACAGUGGAGAGUCACAUAGAGGCGGCGGGCGCCAGUGUGGAGGCUGGUGUGGACGAGCUGGCGAAGGCCGCGGAGUACCAGCGCCGGUAUCGCAGGAAGAUGUUCAUCUUCAUCACCAUUGGACUCAUCAUCGGGAUAUUGCUCAUCGUCUGGAUCAUAAAAGCAUUCAGAUAGACUAACAAACAUAAAGACAGAACUAACCGCGAUACUAGCGCCCCUCAUCGGGAUAGAAAUCCUUGUUUGACAAGUCUAUGUGGUAAGUUAUACACUCUUUGUGUGUUCCACUGUUGUAUAUUGCCAUCCCUUUUCCUCCUCUCUGAUAUAACAGAGACGGCAAUAUGUCAAUGAAGUGGGAUUCUAAAGUUAUGUGUUUGUUAUAGUCUGGUUAGGAAUAUAAAAAAAAUCAUAUAGCGGAUAAGGUAUCUUUUUUUUGUUUUGAAUUUUUUU